AUGCAAGGCCCAGACAUGAGAAACAAGCUGCUUGGAGUUCUCCUGCGCUUUAGACAAGAACCUGCCGCCAUGAUGGCUGAUAUCCAAGCCAUGUUCCACCAAGUCCGUGUACCACAAGCAGAGCGUGAUGUGCUCAGAUUCCUCUGGUGGCCAGAAGGUAACUUGGAACUACAACCCAAGCUAUUUCGAAUGUGUGUGCAUCUAUUUGGCGGAACAUGGAGCCCCAGUGUUUGCAGUUACGCUCUGAAGAGGACGGCAGAGGACCAUCAGGAAGAAUACAGCCCUGAAGCAGUGACAGCUGUUGCGCAUAACUUCUAUGUUGACGAUUGCCUUAUUUCCUGUGAAAAUGAAGAAAAGGCAAUAACUGUUGCAGCAGAGUUAAGGAACCUACUGGAAAAGGGUGGUUUCAAGUUGACGAAGUGGGCAAGCAAUAGCUCAAAAGUCCUUACAUCAAUUCCUGAAGAAGACAGAGCCAAGCAAGUGAAAGGUUUGGAUCUCAACUGUGACACCCUGCCUAUUGAGAGGGCCCUUGGAGUUGAAUGGAAUACUGAACUGGACUGCUUUAGCUAUAAGAUCACUCCCAAGGAUAAACCAUUGACUCGUCGAGGAUUGUUAAGUGAAGUAGCGUCUGUGUAUGAUCCGUAUGGAUUUGCUGGCCCGUUCAUCUUGUAUGCCAAAGGAUUGCUACAGGGACUGACAGCCAUGAAAUUGGGAUGGGAUGAUCCCAUUCCAGAUGAAUAUCGGGUCAGAUGGCAAAAAUGGAAGGCUGAGCUAUCUCAGAUGGAAGAUGUAAAAAUCAACCGAUGCUACAAGCCUUAUGACUUUGAACAAGUGGUGGAAAAUCAACUUCAUCAUUUCUGUGAUGCUUCAGAGAAAGCAUAUGGGGUAGUGACGUAUCUACGCAUGAAGAAUGAGAAAGGAGAAGUCGACUGCAACAUCGUCUUGGCCAAAUCUCGUCUAACCCCCCUCAAGAAAGUGACACUUCCUAGAUUGGAACUCAUGGCUGCAACCUUGACCGUGAAGAUGGAUGGAAUGAUCAGACAUGAGCUUGAUCUUCAGCUCAAGGAAUCAGUCUUCUGGACAGACAGUGCCAUUGUACUGCAUUACAUCAGCAAUGAAGACAAGAGAUUUCAUACUUUCGUCGCUAAUAGAAUUGCCGCCAUAAGAGAGGGAUCAAAUCCAAAGCAGUGGAGACAUGUGAGCUCUGACCUGAACCCUGCAGAUGACAUCACUAGAGGACUGACACCAAGAGAAUUGAAUGGCAGAUGGCUAACAGGACCAGAUUUCCUGUAUGCUGAUGAAGAAGAAUGGCCAAGAUGUCUUGAACUUCAAGGACACAAAUUGAACAAUGACCCAGAGGUCAAACAAGGUCAAACUCAAGGAGUAUUUUCUUCUACGCACUCAGAAGAUGUCAUUGAAGCUCUGAUAAGAAGGUAUUCAUCAUGGUUUUGCCUGAAGAAAGCUGUAGUGUAUAUGCUGAGACUCAGAAGCUAUCUGAGAUGGAAAGCAGGUCACAAGGUCAAUUUUGAAGGAUCUCAAAUGAAUCACCCUUUGUCUUUGUCAGAGAUGAAGAAAGCAGAAGAAGCUGUCAUACACUAUGUGCAAAAAACACAUUUCAAGACUGAGUAUGAAUACCUUGAAGGAAUGCCCCAAAUCAACAAAGAAAAUGACAAGUCAGUGAAGUCAAAGGAAAGAAAGGUAAUGAAAUCAAGUUCCUUGUCAAAACUCAACCCAGAAAUGAAUGAAAACGGACUCAUUUGUGUAGGAGGCCGACUGCAGCAUAGUACUCUGAAUGAAGGACUCAAGCAUCCACUAAUUCUUCCCAGGAAACAUCAUGUCGUUGAGCUGCUUGUAAGACAUUUCCAUGAACUCACUGGACAUUCUGGACAGGAACAUGUCUUAGCACGCUUGAGAGAACGCUAUUGGAUAAUUGGAGGACGUUCUGCAGUAAAGGAAGUACUACGCAAAUGUUUUGUUUGCAGACGGCAAUCAUCACAGCCCAUGGAGCAGAAGAUGUCUGAUCUGCCUCGAGAGAGAAUCACCCCUGAUAAGCCUCCAUUCACUAAUGUGGGGGUAGACUGCUUUGGACCAUUUACUGUAAAACAGGGACGAAAGGACGUCAAGAGAUAUGGAUGCAUAUUUACAUGUUUGGUUCUGAGAGCCAUCCAUAUUGAGGUUCUUCAUGCUAUGGACACAGACUCGUUCAUCAAUGGUCUGGAAAGAUUCAUCUCGAGACGAGGAAGACCAGAGGUUAUCUGGUCAGAUAAUGGCAGUAACUUUGUUGGGGCUGAGAGAGAAUUGAGAGAAGGAAUCAAAUGCUGGAAUCAACGCCAAAUUCAUCAAUUCCUACUUCAGAGGGAAAUCACCUGGAAAUUCAACCCACCUACAGCAUCUCAUAUGGGAGGUGCUUGGGAGCGCCAGAUAAGAACUGUACGCAAAGUCUUGGGUGCUCUCAUGAUGCAGCAAAGUCUCCACGAUGAAGGACUGACUACGCUAAUGUGCAAGGUGGAGGCGAUUGUCAACGGGCGCCCGCUGACUGUGGUGUCUGCAGAUCGGAGGGAUCCUGAACCUCUGACGCCUAAUCACCUCCUUUUGAUUAGGCCGAAUGCUGAGCUACCUCCAGGGGUAUUCGACCAGAGUGAUCUCUACUCACGCAGAAGGUGGAGACAGGUGCAGUACCUCGCUGAUGUAUUUUGGAGGAGAUGGACGAAGGAGUAUCUGCCAACAUUACAACACCGCCAGAAGUGGGUCAAAGAAAGAAGAAAUCUCGACGUGGAUGACGUUGUUCUCGUCGUCGAUGACAUGCCUCGUAACAAAUGGUUGCUGGGCAGAGUGGUUGAAAUCUACCCCGGCAAGGAUAAGCUUGUGCGGUCAGCAAAGGUGAAAGUGGUCACAGGAGAAUUGACAAGACCGAUUCAGAAAUUGUGUUUGUUGGAAUCCGUGGAAAGCAAUGAAAAGUGA